CUUUCCAUCCCUAUAGGUCGCUAUAAAGGAGUCCCGGAGAAAAGCACUUCUGGGAAGCGUUCCUUCAUAGAAGAGCAUCUCACAAGGCAAACAAGCCCUGUUGUUAAAUAAGGAAAUCCUGCAAGUGAGCGCUCAGAAAGGGUGAAGAUGACCUCCACUGCAGAUCGACUGGCCCACCAGCAGCAGAGGGCGGAGGGCAUCGGCACCAACCAGAACCCAGUGAAGUUUUGCGGUCAGGACUAUGAGGCACUGCGGCAGCAGUGUCUGAGCAGGGGACGCCUGUUUGAGGAUGACAGCUUUGGUGCCGAGAGCAAGUCACUCGGCUACAAUGAGCUGGGGCCAUACUCAUCCAAGACAAGGGACAUUGUUUGGAAGAGGCCAAUGGAGCUAUGUUCAAACCCAAAGUUCAUUGACGAUGGAGCCACAAGGACGGAUAUUUGUCAGGGAGCAUUAGGGGAUUGCUGGCUUCUGGCUGCCAUUGCUUCUCUAACUCUGGACCAGCGGAUCCUUGGACGGGUGGUUCCCACUGGUCAGAGCUUCACUGAGGAUUACGCUGGGAUAUUUCACUUUCAGUUUUGGCAGUAUGGUGAGUGGGUGGAUGUCGUGAUAGAUGAUCGCUUACCCACCAGAGACGGGAAGCUUCUCUUUGUUCACUCAGCAGAGGGCUCAGAGUUCUGGAGCGCUCUCCUGGAGAAAGCUUAUGCCAAGGUGAACGGUUGCUACGAAGCUCUGUCUGGAGGAAACACCAUCGAGGGCUUUGAGGAUUUCACAGGAGGGAUUGCUGAGAUUUACACCUUAAGCAAAGCUCCACCGGAGCUCUUCCAAAUCAUUCGGAAAGCCCUGAGUCUGGGUUCACUGCUGGGCUGCUCGAUUGAUAUUACCAGUGCCUAUGAGACAGAGGCAGUAACCACUCUGAAGCUUGUCAAAGGGCAUGCAUACUCUGUUACUGGUGCAGAAGAGGUCAGCUACCAAGGCAGGGAUGUUCAACUGGUCCGCGUCAGAAACCCAUGGGGAGAAGUGGAAUGGACAGGCCCUUGGAGUGACGGAUCCAAUGAGUGGAAGUACGUCAGUGAGGCUGACAAAUCAAAGUUGAACCACGUGGCGGAAGAUGGAGAGUUCUGGAUGUCCUACUCGGACUUCAUCAAGCACUUCUCCAAGCUGGAGAUCUGCAACUUGACCCCGGAUACGCUGGAAAGCGAUGAGUUUGGCCACUGGAACAACUACCAGUUCGAAGGGAUGUGGAGGGUGGGAUCCACCGCUGGCGGCUGCAGAAACCAUGCAGCCACGUUCCCCUCCAACCCUCAGUUUGUCGUGCGUCUGGAGGAUGUGGAUGACGACCCCCUGGAUGGGGAGGACAGAUGCACCUUCCUGGUGGGGUUGAUGCAAAAGGAUGGACGGCAGAAGAGGAGGCUUAAUGGCGAACUGGAGACCAUCGGCUUUGCCAUUUAUAAGGUUCCAGAUCAGUACAAGGGCUGCAGCAACGUUCGCCUCAGCCCAGACGUGUUGCUGCGUCAGAGAGCCGUGGCGAUGAGCAGCACCUUCAUCAACACCCGUGAAGUGUGCGACCGCUUCAGACUUCCCCCUGGAGAAUACGCCAUCAUUCCCUCGACCUUUCACCCUCAUAAGAACGGCAAAUUUGUUCUCAGGGUCUUCUCAGAGAAAGAGGCCAAUACCAGUCAACUGGAGGAGAAGAUUGAUGCUAAAAUCAAAGAGGAGGAGGUGUCUGAAAGUGACAUUGAUCCUCACUUCAAGAAAAUCUUUAAGGAAGUUUCUGGCAGUGACAUGGAAGUAUCUGCCUUUGAGUUAGUUGGAAUUCUGAACAACAUUGUCUCGUACCGCUCUGACAUCAAGACAGACGGAUUCAGCCUCGAGACGGCGCGUCUCAUAGUCAGUCUGCUGGAUAAAGAUGAAAGUGCCAAGUUGGGGCUGAAGGAAUUCCAUGUUCUCUGGAACAAACUUCAGAAAUACCUGGAGAUCUUCAAGAGCCACGACACAGACUACUCGGGUACAAUGAGCUCCCUGGAAAUGAGAGCCGCCGCUACUAAAGCAGGUUUCAAUGUGAACAGCGCUGUGCUGCAGGCCAUCGUCAAUCGCUAUGCGGAUGCUCAGUUUGCCAUCGAUUUUGACAGCUUUGUGAGCUGCCUCAUUAAGCUGGAAAUGCUCUUCAAAAUGUUUAAGGCCCUGGAGAAAGGAGACUCAGGGAAGAUUGAGCUGAACAUACAACAGUGGAUGUGCCUGGCGAUCAAUUAGCUCUAAGGAUAAGCACAAGACAUAUUCAAGAACAAGGAAGAGAAGAAAAAUAAUAAU